GUCCUACCAUUCGCAUUGCAAAUUAAAAACAAAACGCAUCGGCGGGCGCUUUGAGCUCUUCACUAACUUAAUUUCCGCUAAUUAAACACUCGGUUUAAUUCCCGAAAAUAAGUGCCGCGAAUUUAAAAACCAGAAAUGAGUCGUUCGAACAGAUGAAAGUGAAAUUAGCCUGUCGGGCCUAGCGAUUUUCUACCAUUUUCUGCAAUAGAAAAGAAAGAGUGCUAAAAAUAAAACAAAAACAAUAAAAUUGGCAAGGCUUUGGCAAACAAAACUGCGUAAAUAAGGCAGUUAAAUAAUAGAUCAAAAUCUUCGCGGAGAGUAAAAAAAAGCAAAAAUUCAAUAAAUCCGCAGCCGUGGCCCAUUGACGUCACAACGCAUCAGCUGUUUGGCUAACGGAGCACCCUGCCUUUUUUCGCUAUGACGUGCAGAGUGGGCGGAAUAAAAGUUAACACCCACGCUUGAAAUUACUCCCAAUCAAUCCACAAAUGGAUAGCUCCAUGUAUUAUGCCAAGCAGCAAAUUGCGGCCAGCACAGAAGCUAAUGUCAGGGUCAUCGCAACGACCAUGGCCUCAUCUUUGGCUAAUGGAACUGUAGCACCACGCGCCGACGAUGGAGGCGUCUCCAUGAACAACUUUUAUCCGGCGUUGGUUCAAUGUUUCGGCAUCAUCAUUUGCGGUUACAUUGCCGGACGUUUCAAGAUUAUCAGCAAUGCGGAAACCAAGGGUCUGGGCACAUUCGUGGGCACCUUCGCUCUGCCCUCGCUGAUCUUCCUGUCAUUGGUGGAGCUUAACUGGAGUGCUGUCAACUGGAGCUUUCUCCUGGCCAUGCUCGUCUCCAAGGCAGUAGUCUUCUUCGCCGUUCUAAUCAUAUCAUUGCUGGUUGCCAGGCCCCUGAACUAUGCGCGCGGUGGAUUGAUGGCCAUUUUCUGUACCCAGAGUAAUGACUUUGCCAUUGGCUAUCCCAUAGUUAUGGCUCUUUACAAGGAUGUGCAUCCGGAAUAUGCCUCUUACCUGUAUUUGAUGGCUCCGAUCUCACUGGCCAUUCUGAAUCCAGUUGGUCUGGUGCUCAUGGAGAUCUCGAAGAUUAUCAAAAACAAGGAGGAUGUGACCCGCAAUCCACCAUUGUGUCCAGAAACCUGCCCCGCAGAACAGAUGGCCAAACGAAAUCGCUGUCUGGGCGAACGAUCUAUUCUUGUUUUCAACACCCUUGUUGCCCUGUUCUUCAACCCCUUGCUCUUGAUGACCUUGCUAGGUGUUGCAGGAGGUUUCCUGUUUCCAACUGGUCUGCCCGAAAUGGUGUCCAGUACUUUGCGCGUCCUUGGUCAGAGCUUCUCGGCAACAGCUUUAUUCUUACUUGGUCUGAAGAUUGUAGGAGGCACAGGAUCGGAACGAAAGAGCACAGGGUUCCUAUUACCUGGUGUGCUAAUACUUGUUAAAAUAUUGGUGCUGCCUUUGGUCAUCCGGCAGACAGUUAACAUUAUGCAGUCUGGCCAGAACUUCAACGACACAACCGAGCUGAGCACUUUCGGCUUUCUCUACGGCACCUUUCCAGCUGCCCCCGGGGCUUUCGUCAUUGCCACACAGUACAACAUGGAGGUGGAAUUGGUUGCUCGUAGCAUGGUUUUCUGCACAUUCAUCUCAGCACCGUUGAUGUUUAUAUCAGCCAAAAUGAUAUCGCUGACGAACCUGAAGCCACUGGAUUAUCUUCAUGAGCUGGAUGCCUUUUCGUUUGACAUCAGCGUUGCUGGUGCGGCUGCCUGUUGUAUUAUGUUGGUAUUGCUUAUUGUGACAAAGCGCUUCAAGCGAAUGCCGCAGAGAAUCACUUUCUGUCUGGUGCUGUCGCAGCUCAUGUGCUGCAUUGGAGUCAUUCUCUGGUCCAAAAUGGAGCAUGUCCAUCGUUGGCCGUUGUAUCUACAGUUUUUCCUCUUCAAUAUUGGCACCUACAGCACUCGCCUUUGGACGGGACUUCUGGCCAUUUCCCUGCUCUUCCUGCAGUGUCGCAGCUUGUGCUUCGUGCUGAAACUUUGGCCUUAUAUGUUGGUGUUUGCCUGGGGUGUACCGGCCGUAAUAUCAGGCCUGUUGGUUGCCUUUGACUCGAAUGUGAUGUCAGAGGAAAAACAUAAUCCCAGCUUCCAGUAUGGCAAUGCUCAGGCAGCAAUCUCCGUUUUUAUGCUCGUCAUGUGCUUUAUAGUUACUGUUGGUUGCUUGGUGCUGCAUCAGCGUUAUAAGAAACGCUACGAAAAGUAUAUGACCUAUUCACGUGAGUUGUCCAACCCGGAGUCGGAAUCAUCCGAUCUGCACUCGACAAUAUCGACGACCAACUUGUUAAGUCACACGGAUCAUUCCUCCAUCCGACAGAGUGUUCGCACAGCCUCCUACUCGUCCUCAUCCGACGAUGAUGAAAUGAUCCCAACAGCUGCGGGAUUGCCAAGGAGUAGGACGAAUGGUAAUGCCAGUGGAGGAUCAGGAACAGGAGGAGGUUGUGGCUCCGGCAAUGGAAACUGUUGCUCAGGAGGAGCUCCAGCAGCCAGCGCCUCAACCACCAGUACUGUGGUUGUGGAUAUUGAGGAUCUAUUGAAUCGUACACGUCAACGCGCCAGUGGUGCAAACAAUAAAGAUCUGGACAAGAUCGAAAGUGCACCGGCCACUGAAGAAAUUCGCAAUCAAAUGUGCAGUAGCUCUUUCAACUGUGGACCUAGUACCUCCCGUCAAAGUUGUCAAACUAUAAUCGAGCGAUAUGAGGAACAGAAUAGACGUGGGCUCGAGCCCCUUGAACACCCGAGCGACACGGAUGAACACCAAACAUUAAAACACACCGUUCUUCUGAUCAUUCUGCUGUGCUCCAUGUUCGUCGGCCUGGCGGUGUCCAUUUGGACAUUGGUCAUGGAAGGAAUGUCGGGCAUAUAUCUUGAACUUAGCUUCCUCGAUGCUUUCCUGAACUUUGGCCAGGGUCUGAUUGUGUUGGCCGUGUUUAUAGCUGACAUAGGCGAGCUAUUAAUGCCAGUUGUCAAGCUGUGGCGAAAAUUAUGGUAUGGAGCCAAUGUGGUUAGUCUACCUCACUGGUCUAACGUGCGUCCGGAAACCAAGCAUAUUUGUGAACAGUUCCGCAAUCAUCAUUUGGAAAACUGCAAGAAGGAUAUUGCCAAGGACAGAAGAUGGCGCAUUCGAGUGUAUCGCAGAGUGUUCUACGGCACCGAGUUCGUCAGCUGGCUUAUCGAGGUUGGACUGUCGAAGGAUCGCAUGGAGGCUGUGCACUAUGCCCGACAUCUGGUCGAUGGUAGGGUUUUAAGACACAUCAACAACGUUUAUCAUUUCGAGGAUAAACUGCUGCUCUACAAUUUCUGCAGUCGCAUCUAGAGGCAGCUACUAUAAAAACGAAGCAACUACGCCAAAUUUAGUUUGAUUUCCUGUUUAGUUUAUCAUAUCUCUUGUAUGUAAUUUUAGACUGCUGUGAUUGUAUGCCAAACAAGCACGCACACACGAUGCAGCCAAUUGUGUGUGGGUGAUGCUAUUUGGCUAGUGGGAGGAUGAGCUAGUGAAUUUGUUUAUAUUGUCCAAGUAAUUUGCUUGGCAAAUGAAAGUUUAUUUUUUAAAUGUUUAUUACUAAGUAGUUGACUCAGCUGACAGUGGCAGGGGGCUAUCAGCUAGAGCUUUAUAUAGUGCAAUAUAGAAUACUGAAUGAAAGUUAAGAGCUGCAAUUUUCCUAAUAAUAUUCUAAAUUACUGUGUACUUUAAACGCAAAUCUGUGUCACAACUAAAGAGAAAACUGUGCAUAAAACGCUAUGAACGAAUAUAAUAUAAUAUAUCGAUAUACAUGUAUACAUAUAGUUUAGUAAACACCUUUAAAUAAAUAUAUAUACUUUCAUAUAUACCUCAAGCCGCGAGGCCCAAAGAACAAAA